UUCCGAUUCCGACCAUGUUCAAGAUAUCCAACAUGGAAACAACGUUCUAACUGAGCUCAGAUUAACAGAUUAGUAGAGAGGAAGGAAGUAAUUUGACGCCAUCCUUCCAUCCCACCUCCAUCUCUCCACCUAUCAUCAACAACAACAACAACACUUACAUACCCACCUACCCAACAUGCAUGCCCUCCGGACGAGGGCGGCUUGCAUGGCCAGGAGAACACAACCCACAACCUUACGAACAUUGCGACUAUACAGCUCAAAGCACGACGACCACAGCGACAGCCACGCCGAAAAGCACGAUCAUGGUCAUGAUCAUAGCCAUGACCACGGCCACCACGACCAUCACCACCACGAAGCGCACAACGUCAGCGAGGGCCUAGGCACCGCAUUCUACGUCUUCAUAGCCGCCAUCCCGUCGGCAUAUCUCGGGUACUCGGUCUCACGGCCCGGCCCCAACGGCGAGGAGUCGAGCGGCUCCAAGUGGCUGCGGAGCUUCGACUACUUCAACGACUGGGAGGUGCGCAACGCGCUGCGCACCGCCGCCAUCGAGCAGGCCGCCCACGACAGGCAUCUGUUCUACUAUUCCGGGAAGAACAAUCACGUUGAGCUGAAGAUGCCCGAAUUAAUGUACGGCGGCUCCCCCUACAACAUCGUCGCAGGCCAGACGCCCGACCUCUCCCACGUGACAGAGCACUACCGCAUCCAAGCCGCCAAGGAAGAGGAGCGCAAGUUCAAGCGGAUGCAGGAGAAGCAGCAGGAGCUCGAGGAGCGGCAGAGACAGGAAGAGUUGGCGCGACAGCAGGAACUGGAGGAGCGGCUGAAGGAGCAGGAUUCAUGAGAUAGAGAAGAGAAGGUCUACAGAUAAAGACAGGGAGGGGGAACGCGCGCGCACAAGAAAAGAAAAACAUCGAGAGUAAAAAAAAAAAAAUACGCACACUUGGAAGAGAAGAGUAGGGGGAUCAGUGUACCAUCAAGUUUACCUACCUACCUACGUACAUAUCUUAGGUACCUAGGCAGUUAUGACACAUAAAUGCCAACGAGCACAGCAGAUGGGCUAGCGCUAUUUGACGGCAUAGUCGUUUUAUCUUCUUUCUAUUAUCUUCUUCUCCCUUGAUCUCCUUCUGCUACUAACAUCGAUGCCCCUCUAUAUAUGUACCGAGAGAUAUUU